AACAGGAAGUGACGUCGUCUCCGGCAUGGUGUCCCGUGGUGCUACACAUGCCGACUGUUUUUUUUUAACUUAAACUAGUUUCGUUGUGUCUUGAUUCAAGUGAAGAAUACGUGCAUGAUUUGUGAUCUCCGAGUUCUUUUCGUGUGGACCGAUAGAUUCAUUCAUUAAAGGAAGAAAGGAGCACGUGAGCAAACUAGUCUUUUAAGUCCCAAGAGAUCAUGGUCCGAGCAAGGAGAACGGUGCGUAAGCCAAAGUCUCAAAAGGAACAUCAGUAUGACAGCGAUGACGAUGACGCAUAUGGGGACACGGAGGUUCCGGACAAGCGCUCCGCCACGUACAUGGAGGAUAAAGUAGAUGCAUUUCACAACGCCAAGAUCUCCAAACUCCUGGCCGAUGGGGUGCAGGAGGACAGUGAGCAGGAGGAGAUUGAUGAAGAGGAGGAAGUCAUGCCUUUAGAGGUGCCGGAGUCCGAGGAGGAGGAGGAGGCUGAGGAGGAAGAGGACAUGGACAGUGACCUCGAGGGGAAGAACCAUGAUGAUCUCCCCAGUGACAUGGCGUGGGGGCACAGGAAGAAGAUCUUCUAUGACACGGAUUACGUCAGCACCAAGGGCCGGUCUAAGGAGGAGGUGGAGGCAGAGGACCAGGAGGAGGAAGAGGAGGCCAAGAACAUCCAAAGACGCCUGGCAGCCAACCUCAGCGAAGAGGACUACGACCUCAACCUGCUGCAGGAGUUUGCGGUGGAGGUGCAGGAUGUGAAGCCGGUGGAGAAGGAGCAGCGCAUCGUGAAGGACCUGAAGAUGAUGUCACAGAAGGAGAAGCUUAAACUGCUGAAGAAGGAGUCGCCAGAACUGCUAGAGCUCAUCCACGACUUCAAGGCCAAGCUGACAGAGCUGAAGGAGGAGAUCCAACCUCUCGUGGAGAUGGUCAAAGAUGGCCGCAUCCACGCUGGCAAGGUGAGCUCAUGCCCACUGUGUCCACUGCAGUUGAUUUCUUGUGCUAACAGCUACUGCACCAACAUCAGCUUCUACCUGGUGCUGAAGGCCAAGCGCGUCCCAGCACACAACCACCCAGUGAUAGAGAGGCUGGUUACCUACAGAAACCUGAUAAAUGAGCUGGUUACCGUGGAUACCAGACUCGCCCCCCAGCUGCGCCAGCUGCUCUCAGGAGCCAAGAAGCCCGCGGGCACCAAACCCGUCCACCCACACACACACACCAAGCAGUCUGAGGCGGUCGGAGCAGAUGAGGCUGAAGCGUCUGAUUCAGAUCUGGAUGAGGAAGCAGCGCUGCAGUUCUACAGAGGCCUGGAGGAGGGACUCAAACGCAAGCGCACAGCGCCCUCUGCCUGUGCGGGAGCUGCGGAAGAUGACGAGGCUGGAGAUGAAGGCAUGGAAGGAGAUGCCAAGAGACGCAUUACCUACCAGAUGGCCAAGAACAAAGGACUCACCCCCAAGAGGAAGAAGAUCGACCGCAACCCUCGUGUCAAACACCGGGAGAAGUUCAGGAAAGCUCAAGUCCGCAGAAAGGGACAGGUCCAGCAGGUGCAGAGGGAGCUAACCCGCUACAGCGGAGAAAUGUCUGGAAUCCGGGCCGGGGUCAAGAAGAGCAUCAAACUGAAGUAGCCAAUCAGAACCAGACAUUGAGACCCCUCAUCUUUUUUGUGUGUGCGCGCAUGAGAGAGUGUUUACUGCGUGUGUGCAUGCGCAUGAGGGAGUGUUUACUGUGUGUGUGCACCGUGUGAACUUUGACCCCACUCUGUGUCUGCUCAUCUGUGUAUUGCGGACUAAGCUGCUGUGUGAUCCGCUCUAGUCAUUUGUAUGACCAUGAACAGAAUUCCACAUAAAGACCACGUGACCACCA